CUGCGCAGUUGAUUAAUAUCUUAAGGUGUUGCAACAAUGGAUCUCAUCGCUAUAAAUACAGAAUUUUUCGCUGGUACUUUAGAUUAAAUCAGGAAGAGAGCAGAGCAGAUAUUACACUUUCAGAGAAACUGGAAAUGGCAAACAUGUUGUUAGGCACAGUAGCAGCCCUCCUUCUGAUCUACAAUGUAGGCGCAAUCUUGGAGACAAACCACCUUAUCGAAAUAGACAAUGAUGGACGAAGAGUUGCUAUGGACGUCUCCUAUGACACUGAAAAAAAUACGGUACUCGUAAUUGUAGGGGAUGUUUCAAAAUAUAAAGACGGUGUUCAGACAGUGAAUCUACACGACUUCAAUACGAAAUAUGGAGUCUUGAAAGACAUCAACAAGAAAACAUGUCUUCUAGGGAAAGCUUUUACUCCGAGAGCAAUGCCAGAGAAAUACAGAAUGGGCGUGACCAAUGAAGUCCAUCCACAUAUGUUGGACAUCAGUCCUGACGUGAUGACCAAAGAAGAGGUUUAUGAUCUGGGCGGUCCACAUAUUGCUGCCUUCUGCAAUGACUAUGAUACCUACUUCGUGAAAGGGACACCACUGACAGGCAAUAAGAUGAAAGUUGCAGGGUUUUCAAGCAGAGGCUUAACGUCGAUGUGGUGUGUGGUUUCGAGCUGUUUUGUUAGAAGUGACCGUUAUGAUCAGCUAAGCUAAACGGUGAUUGCCAGACGGAUGGAACUGUAUAUGAUUAUGUUUGAUGCCCAGUGUGAAGAAAACUACAUGUAUAAAUUUAAUGCAAUUUAGAAAAAAAUGUCUAAAUACAAUAACAAAUAUAAAAGUAGUCAUCCAAAUAAAAUCAGAUAUUUAUGCGUUAUCGAGAUCUUAAGUCUACAAUUGCUGUAAAAUUAAAUCGUUUUGUAUUUUCUAAGUUUUACAAUAUAUAUUGCCGGGCAGAAACAGAUCUUGAGAGAGUGAAUAUUAGAAUGAUAUUAUAUAAUACUACUAAUUGUAACACUUACAUGUUCUUUAUGCGAGUUGAAUAGAAUGACUGAAGCAAA